CUCCUCUGACUCUCUCUCACCUCCUCUUUUCCUCUUCUUCUUUCUUCUCUUCUCUUUUCCCCCUCUCUUCUUCUUCCUUUCCUCCUCAUCAUGUCCGCCUCCACAGAGCCUCAGGACAUCACCACAUCCUCCUCCACCAGCCAAGAUGCCUCGGGACGACAGCCCUCCGCCGCCUCCUCCGCCGCCGCCCAACUCGCCAGUGCACAGAUAAGCCUGCGCAAGACGCUGCGGCAGUUCCCCGACUUCCCCAUCCCGGGGAUUGACUUCGUCGAUAUCAUGCCCCUCUUCGCCAACCCGGAAGCCCAUGCCACCCUGCUGUCGGCCCUCGAGCUGCAAAUCUCUCAGUCCUUCGGCGCCACCAAGCCCGAUGUCAUUGUCGGCCUCGAUGCCCGCGGCUUCCUUUUCGGCCCCGGCCUGGCUCUGCGCCUCGGCAUUCCCUUUGCUGCUGUUAGAAAGCAGGGCAAGCUGCCUGGCCCUUGCGUUACUGCCGAGUAUGUAAAGGAGUAUGGCAAGGACCUGUUCCAGAUGCAGCAGGAUGCCAUCCGUGAGGGGCAGAAGGUGUUGGUUGUUGACGAUAUCAUUGCGACGGGUGGUUCGGCGGCGGCGGCGGCGGAUCUUGUUCACCAGCUCAAGGGUCAGGUCAUUGGUUACCUUUUCAUUCUCGAGAUUCCUGGCCUCAAUGGCCGCGAGAAGCUCAGCGCUCCUACUACUAUCCUCAUUGAGAACCCAUAAAUCGUUCUCGAGAAAAAGCCCUCAUGUCCUAUUCUCUCCGAUAGGCGGCGCCAUUCAACACCAAAAAAGACGACAUGAUUGGAAAGCAAUUUUCUCGACACCACUAGCCCUGGUCGACUAGAAGCGCUCGCCUGGGACGAAACAUUCCCAUUUUCUCGAUGCCUUUUUCAAUCGACUCAAGGCGCAAAGACGGACGAUUCUUCUCAUGUUGGGGGGACUGUGAUCUUGACUCCUGUGGUCCUCCUUAUCGGCACGCUUUUAUAUACAUCAAAAGUUGUUUGCUUGGAUCUUUUCUUUAAACUUUUUCCUUAAAAACCAUCUUACAUAUCCAUAUCUCCUUGCUCUUUUUUCAUUAUCUUUUUCCAAUAUGGGGGUUUCUUUUCGCAAAUUACAAUCAAAAAACCAAUAGACUAUGGAAAG